AUGGCUUCACAAACAGAAAAAGAUGAUUUUUGUGUUCGUUUUACCGGUAAAAAUUAUCCGGCUUGGGAAUUUCAGUUUCAAAUGUAUCUCAAAGGGAAAGGAUUAUGGAAUCACUUGGAUGAUAUCUCUAUAGCACCGUUAGAGACAACCGAUUUAGAUGCUUGGGAAAUCAAAGAUGCUCAAAUUAUCACUUGGAUUCUCAGUACUAUUGAUCCUCAGAUGAUUAAUAAUUUGCGAUCUUUUUCCACUGCUCAAGAAAUGUGGAACUAUUUAAAGCAUAUUUAUAAUCAGGACAAUGCGGCCAAGCGUUUCCAGUUAGAGCUCGAGAUAGCCAAUUACAAACAAGGUAAUAUGUCAAUUCAAGAAUAUUACUCUGGUUUUUUGAAUUUGUGGACAGAACACUCUGCGAUUAUACAUGUGGAUGUUCCCAAGAGUUCUCUUGUGGAUGUCCAGGAGGUCUACUAUACUAGUAGGCGAGAUCAAUUUCUUAUGAAACUUCGUCCAGAAUUUGAAGUUGUUAGAGGAGCUUUGCUGAACAGGAAUCCCGUUCCUUCUUUAGAUACAUGUGUUGGUGAACUUCUCCGAGAGGAACAACGUCUUGCUACUCAAGGAACCAUGUCUCAUGAAGUUGUUGCUUCUGAGCCUACAGUGAAUGCAUUUGCUGCUCAGAGUAGAGCAAGGUCAUAUUAUAUCUGA